AUGCAGCCUGGAGAGCAGGCCGCUAAUUGGCCUGGAUGUGUGCCUUGCAAAAGGGCACUCGACAACAUCUGCAAGCAGGCAUCCCGGCAGGGCGAGAAGGCGCAGAAGUAUGUGGCUGAAGCGCGGGCCGAUGAUUCAAAGCUCCAGGCCAUGCUUGCGUCCUACAAGGACCUGUGCCCAGAGACGACCGAGGAAGGCUGCAGCCAGGUUGGCCGCAAGUGCGGCACGUGGUCGCUAGUGAAGUACGUCGAAACGGUGACGGCGGCGUCAGGACUCAUCAAGGAUAUUGUGGGGGAGAUGAUGUUCGAGAAAAUGUUCAUGGAGUUCGCGCAGACGACGAGAGGCGGCCGCGUGCGAGAAGAAGAGGCAGCCGCGAAGUGGCUCGAAUACAUGGACGAGAUCAAAAAGGGCAAUCCCGAUGUCCUUUAUGACCAUGGUGGUCCCUCAGCCAAGAUUCGCGUAUGGGUGAAGACAGGCGACGUCCUCACUUGGCGCAGCUCUUACAUGAAGGAGAAAAAUGUGGAAAUGGAAGGCGAUUCCGUUCGCAAAGGAACUUUCGAUGAUGUGGAUCGCCUGCGUGGAGAGCUGACGCGGAACCACGCCAAGGACAUGGGCUUUGGUGAAGUAGCUGCAGCUUUGUGUCGCAACGAGAACGCGUUCGCCGGCAACGACGGGUUCAUUUUGAACGUCUUGGACUUGCAGCAGGAUGUGGAAUGCGACGAAGACGAUGCUGACAAUGAGGCCCAGAGUUCAAAGAAGCCCGAAGAGGCGAAGGAGGAGGUGUGGGUUGAGCGUGACCGUGUAGUUUCCUCCAGCGUCCGCUUCUUCACAGCCCAGAUGAAGACCUUUGAGGACAAGGCGCUUGAGCAGCUCAAGAAGCAGCGGCAGGCGAAAGCAGAGCUUCUGACAGAGUUGCCGGAUUCCGCCAAGGUGGACUUCACGGGGGAGAUGAAGAUCCUCGAGGUCCGCCUGGAGGCUAUCGAGCUUUGCUUUGAGGAGAAGAACGCAGACAAGAUCAAGCAGUUCAUAGCCCGCUUUAGCACGCCUUCUGAUGCUGAUGCUUCAAUGGCUUCCAGUCCCCUACAGCUUGGUCAGUGCCCGCCUUGUGAGUCAUAUGCCAAGUUGCGCCCUGUCAGCGACGCCGUUGAGGUCAUCCAGAAGUUCCACACUGCAACGCUCCCAAAGCACAUCAAGGAACAGUUGAAGCGGCAGAAGCUCAAGGCCGCUGUGGCUGAAGUGAAGAAGGCAGCGAAGGAGGAUGUCAAGGAGACAGUUGCCAUCUUCGACCAAGGAGUGGCCGCUGCUUCUCAGAUCAGUCGCAUCACCUUUGCCGAGGCUGCGGGUAAGCUGAAGGACUUCGACUUGUCCGCUCCAGUUGUGAUCGAGGCCAAAGACAUCCUAAGUGACGCUCUGAAGUCACCAAUCGAGGAUGAUGAUGCCACUGCGGCCUGGAACUUCGCUGCCAAGGUCAUGGAGCUGUUCAAGGAGUCUG